AUGGAGGGCUACGCCGAACAUGAGGAUAUCGAUGACGAACGCGAGAUGGCUGCCUCGGUGCGAAGGAGCAGUCGAAAGCGCAAGAGGCCCGCCCUCAACCCCAGCAGCUCCAGCCACACGGAAGAAGAGCCAGUGGUUGACGAUACGAGAGCCUUCAAUCCGACUCGCCCCAUCCCAACGCCACUUGCACGUUCCGAACCACAAGUUCAGAUUCAGGUGGAAGAAGAAGAACGACAGCGAGACCCGGGCACCACGGCCUCGCUGCAGAUCGAAGAUGACACGAGCAUGAGCAUGGGCGUUGAGUCGCACGGCAACGAGCAGGUGGAAGAGAAGAACAAGACCGCCCAAGAAGGAGAGGGCGACGAGGAAAAGAACAACACGUGCGGCAUCUGCUUCGAGGAGGUCAAGGAGCGGGGCGUGCUGGACUCGUGUCGCCACGCCUUCUGCUUCGACUGCAUCCACCGCUGGUCCAAGGUGGCCAACUCGUGCCCGAUGUGCAAGGCCGCCUUCUACACCAUCACCCGGCAGCACGACGUAGCAGGAGGCGAGCUGCAGCAAGAAGGAGCCGCACCGCAAGAAGAAGAAGAAGUAGAGCAGGACAACCCGCCCAGCAAGAGGAGACGAGGGCGCAAGGUCACCAGCCAGAAGAAGAAGAAGCCCAAGAAGAAGCCCGACGUGGUACGCGUACGGCCCAAGAAGCAGCAGUACCGCUACUCGCGCCGCGAGAUCGAGGACAUCGCCCGCGCCGCCGAGGCUGCCGAGGCCAGCCAGCCACACCACCACCACCACCACCCUGGCCACCGCUACGCGAGCGCGUCCCUCCUCAACCGCAUGCUGGGCCACCCCGACGCAGACGCCCUUCCUGCUGCGUCCAUGGGCUUCUUCUUCGGCCUCGCAGGCCCUGCCGACAACGAUGAAGAUGAAGACGAGGACUUGGACGAGGACGAGAUGGAAGGCCUCCGCUCUGGCGAAGAAGAAGAAGGCGAAGGCGAAGACCACGACUUCCUCCUCUUCGCUUCCGGAAGGGAAGACCGAUCGCGCCAGCUUCUCGCAUCGACCACCAGCCCCGCCCCCACGACGGCCCGUCGACGCACCCCCUACCAGCCUCCGCGACAGCGACAGCCGACUGCGGCGCCCCACCACUGGGAGUCCCAGGCAGGCGCCGACCGCCAGCUCGCCGGAGCGCGCGACCGUAUACGCAGCGUGCUCGAGUCCCGCGCCCGUAUGCGCGUCGACGGCGGUCGCCUGGGUCCCUUCGCGCGCUACGGUGGCCGCGCGCCGUGGAUGGCGCCGGCUUCGGCUUCGCUCCACCACCCGCCGCCCACCGUGGGCGGAGGUGCGGCGCUGCACCACGCCGCAGACUUUCACCGGCAGCAGCACCAGCAUGCGAUGGCCCAGGGGCUCGAGAGCCUGAAGGGCAUGUUCGGGGACUCGAUGGACGCCGAGGUCCUGGAGGCCGUGCUCCAGCAGGUGGGCGGCAGCGUGGAGCGCGCUGUCGACGCGCUCUUUGCCAUGCAGGGCGGCUCCGGCGACAGCCCCGUGGCCUCGUCGGAGGACUCGUCGACGUCGACAUCGACGUCGUCUGCCACCGCAGCUGCAUUUGUCGACCUGACGACAGACUCUUCCGCCGCUGCCGCUGCGACGCCCGCCGCGUCGUCUCCGCUGCUCUUCGAGUGCUUGCCUCCUACACAUUCAACGGGCGCCACGGCCAGGCCCUCACGCGCGCCGGCUCCGGCCUCGGCCUGGAGCUCGCCAUCGUCGCCGCCCGAAACCUCCAUGUCGGCUCCCAUCAUUUUAGUACCCGACGAGGACGUAGAGUUCAUCGCCGAGCGUCAGGUCAAGCCUCGGCGCCGCCACCUCGGCCUCCAGCGCACCGCCACCGCCAGCAGCUCACCCGCCUCGGCCGACGUUCGCCGAUUCCCUAAGUUCCCCGGGCGCCGGUUCUGCCCACCGAGGCCGCUCAGCUCCACCACCUUCUCCGCUUCAUCAUCGCCAUCAUCCUCUUCGGCGCCUCUUCUUCCCCUUGCGCUGCCGCCGCUGGUGCCGGACGACGUGGAUCGCCGGCCCGACGUGGGCCACGAGGAGGGCAUGACUUUGGCCUGGCGCGACUUUGCCGAGGUACAGCGCGAGACCAAGAAGGAGCACAAGCGCAAGCUGCUUGAGGAGCGCGAUCAGCAAUUGUCGUCCCGCCCGCUGGCCAGCGCUUCGGCAAAACCAAAGGAAAAGAAGGACAACAAGAACGGAGGAGCAAAGCGAGGAGCAAAGCUGUUCAAGCGGAAGAAAAAGAAGAAGGACAGGAAGGCCGGGGACGAGGACGAUGGCGGGGACUCCGGGUCCAGCUACGGCGACUACACCGAGGACGACGCCUCCAACGCGGACGACCUCGACACCGCCACCGCCACCGACGAGGAGGGCGAGGAGUCCUCGGCCCCGAACGGCCGGGAAAGAGGGCGCUCCGUCCCGACGAAGGCGGCCAGCCAGAGAGCCCCCUCCCCGCGACGGCGGGACGAGGAAGAGGACGAAGACGGUAAGAUCUCGCAGCCGGUCACAGACCCUCUGGGCCUGCUCGGCACCCUCUCCCUCCCACCGGCCCUCGACAAGUCGUCCCACGUGGAUCCGUCGCGCGAUGGGUUCGACGCGCGCAAGUAUCUGGGCGACCUCCACACGCAGACCUCGUACGCCGACCUCCAGCAGGGCGCCCGCACCCUGCGCUCCCUCCUCCGCGGGCAGGAGAUGCAACUCAAGACGUUCGUGCGGGACAACUUCGGGCGGUUCAUCUCGUGCAAGGACUCCAUCGACGGGAUCUACGAGGAGAUCAAGGACAACGACAUGUCCCACCACGCCAUACAGAAGCUCAACGACACCUACAUCGACUUGCAGUUGCGGUCGGACCGGCUGUUUGGGUCGCUGCUGGAGCGACGAGCCGAGAUCGAGGAGAAGCGGAACGUGCUGGCGGCGCUCAAGCGGUACCAGACGAUCUUCAACCUGCCCCUCACCAUCCAGCGCCACCUGGACCAGCACGAGUACGAGAAGGCCGUGCGCGAGUACAAGAAGGCCGUCGGCUACCUGGCCGGCACCAACGUCCGCAUCUUCGUCAAGGUCUCCGAGCAGAUCAACUCCCUGGCCGACCGCCUCCGCGACCGGCUCCUCGCCUCCCUCCGCGACCCCGCCCUCACCCUCGCCGAGCACGACUAUCACAUCGGCCUCCUCCACGACCUGGGCGGAGAUGUGGACCCGGCGUGGCACUACCUGAGCAACGUGCAGGCCAGCAUCGUGGCCGCGCUCACCACGACAGAUCCACCGGCAGACGAGUCCGCCGACGCUGUCGGGGGCGGCGGAGCCACCACCACUGCAGCGGGAGGCGGCAGGCUGCCCGCCAUCCGUCGCCUGUGCAACGUCCUCCUCACCGGCUUGCCCUCCCUCACGCACAUGGCCCACGUGCGCGCUGCCUUUGCCGCGCCCGAUACGGGAGAGGCGACGACGGCCGGCGGAGUGGCGGUGGCGGGGGAAGGCCGCGAGCUGCUGGACGACGUGCGCCAGUGCAUCCUGGAGGUGGCCGCCUGCGCGAAGGGCCUGGCCCCCGCUCUCGCCGCCGUCGACCUGGGUCCCGGCAACCUGCUCGCCCCGCUGAUCUCCGAGCUCUCCCUCCUCUUCACCUCCUCCAUCCGUCGGCACACGCUCGCCCGAGCGGCCAAGCUCUGGGAAGACGGCGCGGAGCAGGGGGGCGCGGCCUACGGCGACGCGGAUUCGCCCGACGACGCCGACGCCGACGUAGGCAAGGGCUGGGGCGCCGACGUGUACAUGGCCAAGCGCCUCGCGGCGCUCCUCCGGUCCGCCCUCCACCACUACCAGAGCCUGCCCGCCAUUGAAGAGCGAGUGCUGGAUGAGAUUGAGUCACUGGCGCUGGAGACUGUCAAGGCCUUCGCCGACGGGCUGCACGCGGCCUGCUGGCCCGGCGACGACGAAACCCGAAGCAUCGCGCUCGCGAGCGCCCCGCGCUACGGCGCCGACCUCGGCGCUGAGGAGAGGAUGAUCGUGGCGAUGGCCAACAGCGCGUACGCACGGGAGGAAGUGGUGAUCCUCAUCGAACGACUCAUCUCCACCCUCCGACCUGCCACCACCGCCGCCGCCGCCGCCGCGUCUAAGCCGUCCACGUCCUCGACCACGGUGGUCGACCACCUGAGCACGCUGGAGAACCUCCUCGCCGCCGAGUACGUGCGGUGCAAAGCGGCGCAGAUCUACGCCCUGCUGGGGCCGGCCCUCGCCGACCAGCUCGCCACUCCCUUUUCCGCCCCGCCGGAGGUGCGCGAGUAUGUGAUCGAGGUGGUGGCCGGCGUGGUCACCGCGCAGGCGGAGCUGGCGCCGGUUGCCCUCUUGGUCAGGACGCACAUCAUCACCAGCCUUCUGGAGCGGAUCACGUCGUGCUACGAGGAGAGCCUGCGCUCCCGCCUUCCUCCGCCCACCCGGAGCCGCCCAUGGGAUGGGGGCUGCGCGCUGCAGCUGCACACGGACGUUUUGUUCCUGCAGGCCGCCUUCGCUCAGCGCCUGUCGCCCACCGCCUCGGCAGCCCUCACCCGCCUGCAGAAGUCCUUCCUACCCCGACUUACUUCCACCCAGGAAGAAGCGCGGGCCGCCGUUGGCAAGGGAAUGGCAAACGCAGCCCUCAUCCUGCGCGCCCUCCAGUAG